AUGUCUUUCAUCACUCGUCUCCGAAGCGCUACACUGGACGAUGGUGUUGGCCUCAAAGGCCACGCUCUCAACCGCCUUCGAAACCCACCAACUACACCUCUUGAGAUCGACUGCAAAAAAGAACUCUUGGCCCUUCGAAUGCUCGGAGUGGUUGAGCACGCUCCCGAGGAUACGUUCUACAAGAUACGUGACGCUAUAAACAAAUGUUUUACGACCGCCAUUCCCUCCUUCGAAGGCACCAAAGACACUCUGGCAACGCUCACUGGCAUCGAGGCCGUGCACGAUGACAUCGGUAAAAUUAAGAUGGACGACACAUUUGUGAUGCUAUUGAUUGACGGUGCCCAGCUCACGGAGAAAAAGGCCUCCUCUGUCACGAUCUACACAUGGAUUGUUCUUGAUCUAUCCCCCGAACAUCGCUACAAGAAGAGAUAUGUCCUUCCGGGCGGUGUCAUUCCGGGGCCCAACAAGCCCAAGUUCCUUUCCUUGUUUUUAUUUACAGGUAUGCACCACGUCUCUGCGCUCCAGAAGGAGCCUAUGCCUCUCUGGGACGCAUCUACAAGGCGAUUAUUCAACUUGUUCUUUAAUAUGGUCAAUCACGGUGGUAAGUACGGCUGUCGCAUGAACUGCAAGCUCUACGGCCGGCGCAUCACCGGGUCUGUUUACUAUCCAGCUCUCUUGGCUCCGACUAACUGGGUUUGCGACGCUCGAGGCGACAUCGAUCCGUGGAGUAUUUUGGCGAGCUCCUCGGCAAGAUAUGUUGAGAAACUAAAAAUUGUCAUGGGCUCUCAUACUCUCGCUAGCUUUGCACAGAACCGCCUCGAGACUGGGAUCGUUGGUCCGAGUCUUCUGCUGGGUCUACAGCCGGACAAGAUACUCGGCAUCCCCGAGAACUUUACCUCUGAGCUCAUGCAUUACACCGGCGCCAACAUGCCCAGUCUAUGGGUCAAUCUAUGGUGCGGAAGCAAAACUCUUGUGCAUACUACUGACGACGUUAAUACUUGGGGCUGGGCGGUCUUACAGGGCGAUACCUGGGUAUCUCAUGGUGCUCUUGUUGUCGCAGCACAUGAGCACAUUCCAUCAUCUCAUGGCAAACUGCCUCGUAACCCCAAGCAGGCUUGGAACUCAGGCUACAAAGCACAGGAGAACAACAUCUGGAUCUAUGGUCUUUGCCCGGGGCUCUUAUUUGGGGUUCUUCCGUUCGAGUACUGGCAGAACUUCUGCCGCUUUGUUAAGGGGAUCCGAAUAAUGCACCAGUGUAGUAUUACUCCGGCACAGUUAGACGAUGCUCGAAGGACACUAAUCGACUGGGAGCUCGAGUUCGAAGAACUAUACUACAGGCAGCAGAAGAAUCAACUUCAUUUCGUCCGACCAUGCGUCCAUCUCACCCACCAUCUGGCUGCUGAAGCCGCUUGUGUCGGCUCUCCCAUUUGCUCGUCGCAGUACCCCAUGGAGCGAACGAUUGGUAACCUGAAAGAGGAGAUGCGUCAGCCGUCGAACCCAUUCGCUAAUCUCGCCGAGCAAGGCCUUUUGCGAGCUCAAAUGAACGCCCUCAAGGCAAUGUACCCUUCUCUGGCACCUUCAAAGGAUGAACACGAUCCCACUGGCUCUGUCUCUCUCGGUGGUGGCUAUACCUUUCUGUUCAAGAAGGACAAGAAAUCUCUCGGUUCGCUGCGUGAAUGUGAGCGGGCUAUUAUUCUAGAAUUUACUCGCGUUGCUCUGGUUCGCAUUAUUCGCUGGGCUCGUCUUAAGUUGCCUACUGGCCAAAUCACUCGGUCUCUCUGGGGAGAAUCACUAAAUGCCCGAUGCACACGUCGUUCUCGAAACAUCAAGGUCCUGUAUGAAGGCGAAGAUCGAUUCGCCGAGAUUUUCUAUUUCUUACAGCUUCCCUUGGUGCUUCCUAAUGGCGACUUUCACGUGGACGAGACGAGCUGCCUGGCACUCGUGUCAAUCUACUCUGAGCCGCACGCAGCAGUACUGGGGCUUUCACAUGGGCAGCUAGUAUCUUGUUCGCAUACUGGCGAUGCUGGGCUUCGACUCAUCAAUGUCAAGACGAUUAAGUAUGUUGUGGCCAUGAUGCCACAUAAGCUCACUCCACUAGGUGACGAAACAACACAUUAUUUUGCUAUGGGGAAGCUUGGGCUCGACGUUCUGAGAAUUGGAGGAAUGGACGAGCCAGAGGAAACUGGUGCUAAUGAUGGACUUAUUAUCAAUGAGGAUGACUAUUAG